GACGCUGGUUUAACGGAGUCUGCAUCACCGAGGGCAGCUGAAGGCAGGUUUCGCGUUACAUUGCCGUGCUCGCCACGCCUGGAGUUACUGAGUUAGAACUUCACUCCUGAGUGACGAAAUUUUCUCGAGUGACAUACUGUGUACAGAAGAAUGGAGCGUUGGUCAGGUCGCGUUGCCGUGGUGACAGGAGCCAGCAGCGGUAUUGGAGCAGCCAUCGCUGCAGAACUGACAAAGAAGGGGCUCAAGGUGGCAGGACUGGCACGCAGAGUCGAGAGAGUCGAGGAACUGUCCAAAUCUCUGAAGUCAGCGAAGGGCAAACUGCAUGCGGUGAAAUGUGACGUCAGCAACGAGUCAGACGUUCAGGCGGCCUUCAAGUGGGUCAAGGCCAAUCUCGGAGGAGUGGACAUCCUAGUCAACAAUGCCGCUGUGGCGUAUGAUACCUCUCUUUCUAGUGGAUCAACAGAAGAACUUAAACGUAUGUUGGAUUUGAACGUGCUGGGUCUCAGCGUGUGCACCAAAGAAGCGCUCCAGUCCAUGAAGGAGAGAGGAGUGGACGAUGGGCAUAUCAUACAUAUCAACAGCGUUGGUGGCCAUGUACCUCCACGAGAAUUUUACGCCAUGUUCUCUGCCUCCAAACACGCGGUCACAGCGCUGACAGAGGGACUCCGACGAGAACUGGUCAACCUCAAGUCCAAAAUCCGUGUCACCAGCCUCAGUCCUGGACUGGUGAGGACAGAAAUGCCUCCCGAAAAGUUUUUGGACACCUGCCCUUCCCUGAACCCUGAGGAUAUUGCUGAUGGCGUUUUGUACGUUCUGGGUGUUCCACCUCAUGUUCAGAUACAUGAACUGACUAUAAUACCAGUUGGACAGAACAUCUGAAAUAUCCUGGACACGCUUCCUCUGCGUUGAUGCGUCGGUAUUGAUUACUUAAUAAUAUGUUACUUACCCAACCGAUUUUUGUAAUUUGAUUCUGUAACAACUCCUGUCUUGCAACUGAAUGUAAUUCUAAAAUGUUACAAUUGUUAAUCAUAAGAAUUCACUGUAUCCUGUACAAAUAAAUAAUAAAAGACGUUAUUUCCUAG